UUUCUAUUGGACAGCAAGCACCAUGGGAACGAACGCAGUGGUUUCUGUACUAUUUUGUUACUUUGGGUUGAGCUAUUGCAAUGUUUUUGAUUCGUAUCAUGGAGACCAGGCCUUUUUAAGUUAUAACAGACAUAAGCCGCGUACAUUUAGGGAUUUAAUGAAAGCUGAUUCAACAGAGACCUUACAGAUUGCGGUGCCUAGUUAUUUGAAACCAUUAUCCUCUAUAGAGUAUAGUGAUGAUCAUAGUGUUGAGAAGAGAGAAUACACUACUAAAGAUUAUGCUAGCUUGGAGGCUUUUAUUGAAAAACAAUUGCCUGCAUAUUUAACUACCAAGAGUGAUAAACAUUUAGUUAGAGAGAAUUAUAGAGACAUCAACUACUAUGAAAAGCGACAUACCAAAGAGCCAUACCAACAAAAAGAAUCAAAGUUGGUGGUGAAGACUUUAAAGCCCAUUAGCAACAAAAACAUAGAUAGAAAUUUUGAGGAUGAAGACUUCAAAUCAUCGGAUGAUUACGUAGAAAAAGAAAACAUACGAACAUACCCAAACGACGGUGAGCAAUCGCAAGAAGAACAACCGGCAGACGUCACCCAUCAUCACCAACAACAACCGAGUUCCGUGGAAAUCCAAACCAACACCCAUUCAGACGAAAUCAAGCGGCAAAACGACGCUCAACAUUACUCGGACCACGGAAAGAAGCACAAAGAAGUCCACUAUCACAAGCACAAGCACAUGCACGAGCACGAGCACAAGCAACAACACGUGCACAAGCAUCAAGCCAAGCACGAGCACAAACAGCAGCACGAGCACAAGCACAAGCACGUGCACAAGCAGGAGCACAAGCACGAGCACGGCCACGAGCACAAAAACGAGCACCAGCAUGAGCACAAGAACGAGCACCAUCACCAACAUAAAGCCCAUCACGAGCACCACCACAAAAACAAGCACGCCCACGGCCACAAGCACGCCCACAAGCACGAUCACAAGCAGGACCAUCACCACGAUCACAAGCACGACCAGGUGCACAGCCACGAUCACCACGCAUCGCACGGUCAUCACCACGGUCACGAUCACAAACAUGACGGUCAUCAUGAGCACGAUCACCACAACGAGCAUAAGCACGAGGCGAAGCACGGUCAUAAGCAUGGUCAUAAGCAUCAUCACGAAGAGAAGGAGGAGCAUGAGCACAAGAGUCAUAAACAUUAGUAAUUAAUAGAGUUAGAAGUACUUAGAGACUGUUUGGGAGGCCAAAAUGUUUGUUUUGGUAACCAAUAUUUGAGAUGAAGCAGAAAAAGAAAAAAUGUACAUGUAUAACUUGUCCACCUAAUCCAGG